AUACCUUUUAUAAUAACUUACAUAGUUCCUCAUAUGGAUUUAUUGCCCAUCAACAAUAAUGAAAACUACAAUAGAGCCCUUUCUACAGCUAGACCAAGUUUGAAAAUUUUGAUUCAGCGCAAAGGUGAAUGCUAUGGAGAGCUAAAUGGCUAUGGAUCUCAGCCAGUAAGGAAAAGAAAUCCCAUAUCCAAGCUGAUAAGUUCAGAGACUUCCCCACGUCCCCGCAUACAGAUUAGUCUCCUGGAAGAUUUCAGGCGUGUUUCAGCCAUUAUUGACGUGGACAUAGUGCCUGAGACACACAGGAGAGUCAAGUUGAUGAAGAAUGGAUCAGAUAAACCUUUGGGAUUUUACAUAAGAGAUGGGACUAGUGUCAGAGUCACACCUCAUGGUCUAGAGAAGGUUUUGAUUUUUUCUUGA